CCGCUCCCCGCCGCCGCGCUCGCUCCGUCUCCGCCGCCCAAACUUUUCUCCGGGCGUCUUGUGCGGCGGCCGCCCCGGGCGCAUGGGCGCCGCGCCGUAGGGGGCCUGAGCCCCGCGCCAGGUCCAGCCCGCAGCGCCAUGGCGGCCCGCGCGCCCCCCGCCGCACCUGCGGCCGAGGAGUCGGGGGGUCCCGGCAGCCCCCCGCGCAGGAAGAAGUCCCGGUCCAGUGGGUCCGGCCUCCGCCGCGCCUUCGGCUGGUUGCGGGGCAAGCGGCGCAAGAAGAAGGCGGCGGGGACGGAGGGGGCCGAGUCGGCCGCCCCCCGGGUCAAGAAGGCGGACGACAAGACCAAGAAGGCCAAGGGCAAAGGCCGAGGCUCUGCCAAGGGUGAGAGUGACAAGCGGCAGAGUGUUGGGUCCGGCCAGGGGCCUGGGUCUGUAGUAGAGGAGCACCAGGACAAUGUCUUCUUUCCCAGUGGACGGCCGCCGCACCUGGAGGAGCUGCACACUCAGGCCCAGGAGGGGCUCCGCUCCCUCCAGCAGCAAGAAAGACAGAAGUUGAGCAAGAGUGGCUGGGACCAUGGAGACACCCAGAGCAUCCAGUCCUCCCGGACGGGACCAGAUGAAGACAGCAUCUCCUUCUGCAGCCAGACCACAUCCUACACGGCUGAGAGCUCCACGGCUGAGGACGCUCUUUCCAUCCGUUCUGAGAUGAUCCAGCGCAAAGGCUCCACCUUCCGACCCCAUGACUCAUUUCCAAAGUCAUCUGGGAAGUCAGGGCGGCGGCGACGGGAGCGGCGGAGCACGGUGCUGGGUCUGCCACAGCAUGUGCAGAAAGAACUUGGCCUGCGGAAUGAGCGAGAAGCACCGGGCACACCUCGGCCUCCUGGUCCACGGGAUGCUGUACACAUCCCCACUGUGGAUGGCCGCCCGGCAGACCCAGCCUUGGGGACUGGGGUCCGGGUGUCUCUGCAGGCGCUGGAGGCAGAGGCGGAGGCUGGCGCCGAAACCGAGGCCAUGCUGCAGCGCCACAUUGACCGCGUCUACCGGGAUGAUAUACUUGUGGGCCGUUCCACUGGGACCCGGCCCCCGCCGCUGACCCGGCCCAUGUCCUUAGCAGUGCCUGGGAUGACAGGAGGGGCGGGGCCCCCAGAGCCCUUGAGCCCGGCCAUGUCCAUCUCACCACAGGCCACUUACUUGUCCAAGCUGAUCCCACAUGCAGUGUUGCCGCCCACUGUGGACGUAGUGGCCCUGGGCCGCCGCAGCCUGCGCACGCUGAGCCGCUGCAGCCUGCUGUCCGCCAGCCCGGCCUCUGUACGCUCCCUGGGCCGCUUCUCCUCAGCCUCGAGCCCAUGGCCCCGCAGCUGGCACCCCUCCUCCUCCAGUGACACCUGGAGCCACUCGCAGUCCUCAGAGACCAUCGUGUCUGACGGCUCCACCCUCUCCUCCAAGGGAGGCUCUGAGGGGCGGCCAGAGGGCUCAGUGGCUGGCAGCAGUGUGGCACUCCCUCCCCAGGGGGGCAGUGGCCGAGGCUCUCCCAGUGGAGGUAGCACUGCUGAGGCCUCGGAUACUGUCAGCAUCCGGAGCAGUGGGCAGCUGUCCAACCGGAGCAUGUCCUUCCGCAAGCUGAAGCGGCCCCCGCCGCCUCCCCGCCGGACCUACUCCUUGCACCAGCGGGGCUCAGCUGCACCUGACGGCCCCUUGGGCUUGCCUCCUAAGCCUGAGCGCAGGCAGCAGCAGCAGCCACAACAACCCCGGCCACCCACCACUGGGGGAUCCGAAGGGCUGGGGGCAGCAGCGGCUUGUCCUCCCGGCUCAGCAGGAGCCUGGGCACCUGGCUUGUCCCCAAGUGGCUCCCGGCGUCCCCCACGCUCCCCGGAACGGACACUUUCACCCUCCAGUGGAUAUUCGAGCCAAAGUGGGACCCCAACCCUCCCACCCAAGGGCCUGGCAGGUGCCCCUGCUUCCCCAGGCAAGGCCCAGGCCCCUAAGCUGGACCGGGUCACUUCCCUUCGAUCCCCCGGGGCCUCAGUCUCUUCCUCCCUCACCUCGCUGUGCUCCUCUUCCUCGGACCCUGUCCCCUCCGACCGCGCUGGUCCGCAGACGUCAACCCCCCUGGGGGAUAGGUUUGUUAUACCUCCUCACCCUAAGGUGCCUGCACCCUUCUCCCCGCCUCCCUCCAAACCCAAGAGCCCCAGCCUGGCCACUCCUGCUCUGGUUUCUGGACCUGCCUCUCCCUCUGGGGCCAGUCCCACAGCCCCUUCCCCUUCUGCUGCCCAGACAUCCCUGACCCCACUCCUGGAGGUUCCUGUCAUCUCCAAAGACCCCUCGCCCCCGCCCUCUCCACCCCCAUCUUACCAUCCUCCACCACCACCCACUAAGAAGCUGGAGGUGGCCGAGGAGGCUCCUGCUGCCCCAGACACUGCUGAGGAGCCCCUCCAAGAUGCCAGCUGGCCCCCGCCACCACCGCCCGUGCCCGAGGAGCAGGACCUGUCCAUGGCUGACUUCCCCCCUCCUGAGGAGGCCUUCUUUGUGGCUGGCCCCGAACCUGCAGACUCGUCUGCUGUCCCGGAUCCUGGCUGCUCGCCAGCCACAGCCUCUUCCCAGAGUCAGCUGCAGGGCAGCUCCGAGCCCCCACCAGCCCCACCAGCCCCACCAGCGCCACCAGCCCCACCUCCAGCCAGUUCUGUUCCUGGGCUUGCAACCAAGCUCCCCCGAAAGGAACCGGUGGGCUGCAGUGGCAAAAGCAGUGGGGCCCCCCGGGAGGACGUGGGCACACCCCUGGUCACGCCCUCGCUGCUGCAGAUGGUACGGCUACGCUCCGUGGGUCCACCCACUGGGGCCCCCACCACAGCGCCAUCGACGCCACCACCGUCGGGGCUGGCAGCCCCCCAGAAACCCCUGCGGAGGGCCCUGUCCGGACGGGCCAGCCCUGCACCUGCCGCUUCAGGGUUGCAUGCUGCUGUGCGACUCAAGGCGUCCAGCCUGGCUGCCACUGACGGCCUGCUGGGUGCCCAGCUUGGUAGCGCACCUGAGGCAGAACCCCGGGCUUCCCAAUCUCCUGCCUCCACUGCCAGCUUCAUCUUCUCCAAGGGCACCAAGAAGUUGCAGCUGGAGCGGCCUGUGUCUCCUGAGGCCCAGGCUGACCUGCAGCGGAAAAUGGUAGCCGAACUUCGGAGUGUAUCGGAGCAACGAGAGGUUCAGGCCCCAAAGAAGCCACCCAAGGCUCCCCCGCCCGUGGCCCGCAAGCCCUCUGUGGGAGUCCCCCCACCUGCCUCCCCCAUCUCCCCUCGGGCAGAGUCCCUUGGCACUCCUGCUACCAAUGGCCUCCCACACACUGAUGACAGGACUAAGGGGGAGCUGGCCGCUAAUGGAGGAGUCGUGCAGCUGGGGUGCCCGGAUGAGAAGAGGGCCCCUCCAGGCUCAGAACCACAGAAGGAGCUGGUCUGACACUGGGGCACUUCCGUGGCACUGCUGACCCAUCCCAGGAACACAAUCUCAGGGACCUGAGCAGCCCCAAGGACCAGAGGAGACGGUGGACAACAGCCUGAAAGAGAGGGUACCUGCAGCCUUAACCUCCACAGCCUUCGAUAUUUAUGCAAGUCUGGCGUUGCCCCCGUCCUCCCAGUCACUGGACUGUUUCUUUGGGGACUGGAUCACCUCUGGCAGCUGUGGCUUCAGUCUCGGCCUUAGCCUCACCUUGGAGGAGGUAGCUGGAGGAAGUGGGUGGCUGCGCCCCCUGCUGGCCCCAAGGCUGCAGAGGCGAGAGCAGAGCACCUCACUAGUUUUCAUUUUGUUCCAUUUGUGUGUGUGUCCAAAUCAUGCGCAUACUGUAGUCCAGAAUCAAGAAGCACUUUCUGAAAAAGUGGCUGCACGUCCAUCCUCUGGGGCCUGUGAAACCACACUCCCAGGGCCUGUUUACAUGGCAGCAGCCUCGGUCCCUGUAACAGCUGGCCCAGAGCUGGUCUGACCUGGCCGUCUUCAUGGUGUCCAGUUUGCACCUUUGUCAUAGUUUGUGGAGGUGGGCAAGUCAUUUUGUCCCUCAUGGGCCUCCCCAAGUGGGGUGCAGGGGCAGGGCUGUGGCAUUCCAAAGCACAAGAGAUGCAGUGGGGGCUAGCCUUCCUGUGCCUCAACUUACCACCAAACACCCUCCUGCCUUCCAGUUCUGCCAGGUGCUGCAUGCAGGGUACAAGGAGACUGCCAGGGCCCCAAUGGGUGGGUGGAGGAAGAGCCAGAGUGGGGAGGUCCCCGGUCUGACUCUGUCCCUGUGUGUCAGGACAGAGUUAGGGAGACAUCUCGGUGGGCACUUGGCAUGCCAAGCAUCUGCCUGGCAUUCCACUCAAGUGGGUUGGGGUGAGCACAGCACUUCUGGGCAAGAGUCCGUGGGGCUGUGUCCCUGUCAGCUUGGUAGGAAAUACCAAGGAGAUAGACAGGGAAGAGGCC